AUUCAAACGCGUUCAACACUGAUCACGUGAUCAUUGAUAAUUUUCGAUCGCCCACUUUUGAAGGAAUCUGGAAUCUGCAACCCGAAAAUUCUGCCUCGUGAACAUCCUCUGCAUCUGGCCACGUUUCAGAGCCUGAACGUAUCCAAAAAUGCAAAGUGACGACGUGAUAUGGUCUGUGAUUGGCCAUGAAUUCUGCUCGUAUAAAGUCAAGACUGUCACUCAGAAUUUCUGCCGGAAUGAAUACAAUGUCACGGGUCUGUGUACACGGCAGUCAUGUCCACUUGCGAACUCGCGGUAUGCGACGGUGAGGGAGAAUGAAGGUGUGCUGUAUCUAUGUAUAAAAACGAUCGAGCGGGCACAUACACCUGCUAAUAUGUGGGAGAAGAUUGAGUUGUCAAAAGACUAUUCCAAGGCACUAGAACAGAUCGAUAAAGAGCUAAAGUAUUGGCCAAACUUCACUAUUCACAAAUGCAAACAGCGUGUCACGAAGAUAACCCAGUAUCUUAUCAAAAUGCGUCGAAUAAAACUACGGCAGGAGCCAAAGCUCGUGGGCGUGAAAAAGAAGUUAGAUAGACGCGAAGCGACACGGGAACGCAAGGCUCUCUCUGCUGCCCACCUUGAAAAAUCCAUCGAAAAGGAGCUGAUCGAGCGGCUCAAAUCAAAAGCAUACGGCGAUGCGCCACUCAACGUGAACGAAAGUGUCUGGCAAACAAUCCUCGACCGGGAAAAGAGUGGAAAGGAGAAGGAAUUGAAUGUUGGUGCUCAGUUGGAUAUGGAAGAUGAUGAGACGGAUGGGGAGGAGGAAGAGGAGGAGGAGAUGGAGGAGGACUGGGACGCCGAAGGGGACGAGUUUGUUAGUGAUUUCAGUGGAGAUGAAGAUGGCGAUUUGGAUGAUGAACUGAGCGAUUUGGAAGAUGUGGUAGACGGAGGAUUGGGCGCAGAGGAGAGUGGGGAUGACCAGUCAGACGACGACAGCUCACCAGAAGAUGAACCACCAUCCAAAACCGUCCUUGGAAAGCGGAAAACCAAGCCAACAACAGCAAGGGCACCCCCAAGAAAGAAAUUGGACAAGCCAGGGAGAAGUUCGUUGUUUCUGAAUUCGACAUCCAGUGACUUAUCAUUACUCUUUACAGGAGGCCCGAGGGUGGAAGUGGAAAUCGAGCGAGAAAUGGAGAGUGUACCACUCACAAGGUCCGCAUUGGCCAAUUGGUAGCCAUUGGGGACCUGGGUCCUCAGCUGUUUUACAUAUAUAUAUUCCACUGCGGUACGAGCAGCCACAUUCAAGAUUCGUGAACGAUCUUGAUUAUCGAUGAGACACAUGAAUCAGUUCUCGAUAGGCUGAUC